AUGACAGACAGUACGACCUCACGACAACCUCCCGGUUCCGCCCCAGCGGCACCGAAGGUUUCCAACCCUUAUACUCACUCUCGAUUCGGUACACUUUUCUCAAGGCAAUUACCCAAUUAUACUGGUAUUUACCCCGUUGGGGUACUCGAUGUGGAAUUUCCGAUAGAACCUCAGACGAUAGGUAGUUUCAGACAUAAGAAAUUACAUACGGCCGGUCAAGCUGGUAUAGAGAUUGAUACAGUUCUUUUCAGUUUGUUUUACCCUUGUGACUUGGAAUCGGCAUCGAAAGAUUCAAAAGGGACAGUAUGGUUUCCAAGAGCAUCGCCUACUGUUAAUGGGUUUCUGAAGAUGGCUGGAAUAGAGAAUUCCCUAAUUAGAGCUCUAGCUUACGCAGGAGCACUUUCAGCUGUACACGGGCUGAAAUUCCCCUCGCAUCAACGCGCACCUAUCUUACCUCAUCCCUCAAACGACAAAUGGCCUCUUAUAAUCUUCUCUCAUGGUGUAGGAUGCUCGCGUCUGAUGUAUACGCACAUAUGUGGUGAAUUAGCAAGUAGGGGAUACAUCGUAGCUGCUGUAGAACAUAGAGAUGGGACUGGUCCAAGUGCAAAGAUAACAAGUGAAGAUGGUAAAGAAAGAGAUGUAGAUUUCUUACGUUGGACAGAUAUAGAUUGGCCAGAUCGUCCCGAGGACCAACAACCGAAAGAUGAUAAUACCCUACGGCACGAUCAACUCAAGAUUCGAAUGGUCGAAAUGGAAAGUACCAUAGAGAUAAUACGAAAAAUCACAGAAGGCAGUUUGGGAGAUAGUAAAUGUCAUUUAUUGGCUAGUAGGACGGUAGAUUGGAACAAAUGGAAAGGACAACUAGAAGUCGGAGAUGGGAAAGUCUGUUUGGCAGGCCAUAGUUUUGGUGGAACUGCUGUUAUCGCUGCGGCUGCUAAUCCAAGAUUCAAACCCCAUUCUAUCAUUGCUCUUGAUCCCGCUAUCGAAAGAUUAGAACCGUGGGAUUCGACCAUACCAUGUCCGAUGUUAUCAGUAAACUCGGAAGAGUUCGUCUUAUCAGAAGAUUAUCAGCGACUUAUUCGUGUAUCGAGGACGGUUCAGAAUGACAACAGGCAUGUAUUCGCUAUAGCUGGAACCACUCAUCCUUCUUUCUCGGAUGUUUUCCUCAUAACACCUGGUUUCGUCGGAUCAUUGACUGGCCUUUCCGUACCUCCCUAUUCUGUAUUCCCAACUACCGUCCAAGCUAUCGAAGCGUUCCUAGACUCCAAUGCGGAAGCAGGAAAUUUCAAGUUGGAUUCCCUAGGUUCACCCAUAGAAGUCAUGUUGUCCAAGCCGAUUGGCAAACCGGGGGAACUGCUAAGUCAGAUCUUAGCGGCAUAG